AUGAACAACUCAAAGUGGUCCAAGAUAAAGAUUGUCACGAAGCAAGCUGGAGAUGAAUGCAUAACAGCUAUAGAGAUCGUUCCACCCAUAGAAGGAGCAGAGAGGCAUUCGAUUCCCAUCAGCCGUCCAAGGACUGUGGCCAGAAAGUUUGCGAGCAUUGCCAGAAGUCAAGUCAAGAGGAAAAGGCAGAUGGCUGCCAGAGAAAAAAAAGUAACCAAGACCAUCUUUGCCAUUCUCCUGGCUUUCAUCAUCACGUGGACUCCAUACAACGUCAUGGUGCUGAUAUCAACCUUCUGCCAGUCGUGUGUCCCUGACACAGUUUGGGCGAUUGGAUACUGGCUCUGCUAUGUCAACUCUACCAUCAACCCAGCUUGUUACGCACUGUGUAAUGCCACGUUCAAAAAGACCUUUAAAAAUCUGUUGCUUUGCCAGUACAAAAAUAUUGGCACCAGAUGA